UCGCCGCUAUUGGCAGAUGAUAGCAUUGUGUUAUUUGCGCGUGUUUGUUCCGCGUUGUUUAAAUUUUGUCAUGCUUCGGAAAGGAACUAUAUCCAAUUUAUUUAUUUUUAGUUAUGAGUAUUGCAUAUUUGUAUAACUUUCAUUUGAUGAAUUAUUGUACUAUGUUGAAUUUUGUGCAUUUAUAAAAAACACAUGAACUUCGACGAUCGUGUAAAAGGAAACCGUGAAGGCAAAAUCGGAAGUUACUAAAGUAAUCGUAAAAUAAAAUAUAAAUGAUUUUUCUGUAUUAAAUGUGCUUUCAUUUUGAGUGCAUCAAAUUGUGAUCGAAGCUAAGAAUGGGAUCGCAACAAAAAGAUAUCGAAUUGAGCCCCGUUAGAGUGGAGAUGGAUCCAAAUAGGCAAGCGCCGGGAAAUCUGAACGGUCAAGCAAAUGACGAAGAGGACGUUAUUAUUGGCCGAUUUAGGAAGAUAAGUUCGGCGAAAUCGAUGGCUGCUACAAAUGGGAAUAUUCAGUAUCCUACUGAUUUGCCCAAGCCGGAUACCGAUGUGGAGGCCGGGCUACAUUUCAGAGCUAAAGACGAGAGCGAUAAGUUACUAGAUAAGCCGAAUCACGGGGAACUCAUGCGAAAAUCCCCGGUGACGAAAAGUAGUUUUCGUGAUAUUGAGAAACCCUCAAGAUUUAAGGAUCAACCAUCAACUACUAGAUUUCAAAUGGAAGCAAAGCAGGAAGAAGGUUCUGACUCCGAUGGAUCUGGAAUGGAUAGCGAUGACCCUCUCACAACUACUGACACCAAAUAUGGUAAAAGUUUCAGGCAUUUCACAAGAGAAGCUCUACCACGUUUGGACAACUAUAGGAAUGUAUUGUCCCUGCACGCCGCGCCCAGACCAACGCUGGAUGAGCUCCACAAUGCUUCGCUGUCUCGGAAGCCAGGCCAGACCCUGGAGAAGGAUGUGGGAGUCACCGCACCGCCCUCCCCGAACGUCAAGUUCGGCUGGAUAAAGGGGGUGCUGAUGAGGUGCCUGCUCAACAUAUGGGGGGUGAUGCUCUUCCUGAGGCUCUCGUGGGUUGUCGGCCAAGCGGGGAUUGGUCAAGCGAUACUUCUUAUAUUGACUACAUCUGUGGUGACUACGAUAACCGCGUUAUCUAUGUCAGCGAUUAGUACUAAUGGAGUUAUCAAAGGAGGCGGCACAUACUACAUGAUAUCCCGCUCCCUGGGCCCCGAGUUCGGCGGCUCCAUUGGGCUGAUAUUCUCUAUGGCGAACGCGGUCGCGUGCGCCAUGUACGUGGUGGGCUUCGGGGAGUCGCUCAUCACGCUUAUUCCAGAAUCAGCAUAUAUGGUCAGCAAGAGCUGGGACCAAGCAAUCUAUGGCUGCAUAACCAUAGUGCUACUAACUGGUAUAGUGAUAGUGGGCCUGGAGUGGGAGGCGAAAGCUCAAGUGGUGCUACUGUUCAUCCUGCUGGCUGCGAUCGCCGACUUCUGCAUCGGAGCCAUUAUAGGGCCGACCAGCGAUGAGGAGGUCGCGCAGGGAUUUGUUGGAUUCAAUAUGACGGUGUUCCAAGCGAACUUGGGCCCCGACUACAGGUACUUCGAGGGUGUGGAGCACAACUUCUUUUCGGUGUUUUCUAUUUUCUUCCCGGCGGCCACUGGGAUACUCGCCGGAGCUAAUAUUUCGGGCGAUUUGAAGGAUCCCCAGAAGUCCAUUCCCAAGGGCACUCUACUCGCGAUCCUGCUGACGACGAUAUCGUACGUGGGCAUAGCGGUGGUGGCCGGCUGGUGCGUGCUGCGCGACGCGAGCGGCGCCGUCGGCAGCGCGGCGUGCGCCGGCGCCUGCGGGUACGGUCUGCACCAUAGCAACGACGUGAUCAGGUUGGUAUCAGCGUGGGGCCCGCUGAUCUACGGCGGGUGUUUCGCCGCCACGCUGUCGUCCGCCCUCGCUUCGCUCGUGUCCGCGCCUAAAGUUUUUCAGGCUCUAUGUCAGGACAAGCUAUACCCUUAUUUGGAGUUCUUCGCGAAAGGUUACGGCAGCAACAACGAGCCCGUCCGCGGCUACGCGCUCACUUUCGUAAUAGCCGUUGCGUUUAUUCUGAUGGGUGGCCUGAAUCAGAUAGCUCCGUUGAUAUCGAACUUCUUCUUGGCUGCGUACGCGCUGAUUAACUUCGCCACAUUCCACGCGAGUCUGGCCAAGCCAGUGGGGUGGAGGCCUACUUUUAGACUGUACAACAUGUGGCUGUCGCUGGUGGGCGCGAUGGUGUGCGUGGUGAUAAUGUUCGUGAUCUCGUGGGCCACCGCGCUCGUCACCAUCGCCUUCCUGCUCGCGCUCUACUUGCUCGUCUCUUACCGGAAACCCGAUGUAAACUGGGGAUCGACGACGCAAGCGCAGACGUACAAAACGGCUCUAUCCGGUGUGCACCAGCUCAACCGGGUCACUGAGCAUGUCAAGAAUUACAGGCCGCAAAUCCUGGUGCUCACCGGGUUCCCGGGCGAGAGGGCGGUGCUCACCGACUUCACGUAUCUGCUCACUAAGGGACUGUCCCUGAUGCUGUGCGGCCACGUUGUGCAGAGUCAAAUAAACCACCGCACGCGAGAGGCGCUCACCAACCGGGCCUACCACUGGUUCUCGAAGCGCAAGAUCAAAGCGUUCUACUGCAUCGUGGAUGGGGUCGAUCUAAAAGAUGGCGCUAGUGCGCUUAUACAGGCGAGUGGUCUUGGCAAAUUGAAACCGAACAUACUGUUGAUGGGCUUCAAAGAGAACUGGCAGACCUGUUCGCGCGAGGAAGUUCUAGAUUACGUGGAAGUAAUGCACAAAGCGCUGGACGUGCACAUGGCGAUCAGUUUGCUGCGUGUGGAGGAGCGCGGCGGGGACACGUUAGAUGCCGACCUGUUGGCUGUGCUGAGAGACCUGAAUGAGAAUACGCGAGAACGUUCGAUGGGCGACAGCCUCAAGGAGUCCAAGUCGAGCGAGAGCUUGAACACGCACUCGAGGGGUAGCAGCAUGUCGGAUUUGUCGUUGGGUUCGCCGGAGCACGUGUCGCGCGACCCCGGCGCGGAGGGCAAGCAAAAGGAUAAACUUAAAGAGAACAACUGUAAAGAUAGAAUUGCUUAUCGUCUCCUAAAGAAAUCUGUUUGCAAGGGCAUAAUGGGCGGGCGCCGCAUCGGCAUCGGCGGGGCGCGCCGCGCGUCCUCCUUCACCUCGGUGGAGCAGUUCACGCGCCGACAGAACGGCACCGUCGACGUGUGGUGGCUGUAUGAUGAUGGAGGCCUAACUCUACUCCUGCCGUACAUCCUGUCGACGCGGCGCGCGUGGGCGUCCAGCCCGUUACGGGUCUUCACACUAGUUAAUAAGAACACUGAAAUGGACAUCGAGGAGAGGAACAUGGCGUCCCUACUUUCCAAGUUCCGCAUCGACUAUUCGGCUCUUAAGAUGAUCUCGGACAUCAACAAGAAGCCCAAAGAUUCGACGUUGGCGUAUUUCGACAAACUCAUAGCGCCGUUCCGGACUUCGGACGAUAGCAAUGACCCGGGCGGCAUCACGGCGGCGGACCUGGAGGCGGCGCGGUCGCGCACGCUGCGGCACCUGCGCCUGCGCGAGCUGAUCGGCGCGCACUCGGGCGGCGCGCGGCUCGUGUGCGUGACGCAGCCCAUGCCGCGGCGCCGCGGCGUGCCCGCGCCGCUCUACCUGGCCUGGCUCGCCGCCAUCGCCACCGCCGCGCGCCAGGUGCUGCUCGUGCGCGGCAACCACGCCGCCGUGCUCACCUUCUACUCCUAGCCGCCCCACCCGGCGCCACCCGGCACCACCGGGCACCACGCCGCAC